ACCGCAACGACGGCGGCGGCGGCUCCUUCGGGUCCGGCGAGCCCGGCUGGCCCCACGGCCAGAGACCUCUUCGCGGAGGGGCUGCUGGAGUUCCUGCGGCCGGCCGUGCGGCAGCUGGACACGCACGUCCACGCCGUCAGGGAGAGUCAAGUGGAAUUGCGGGAACACAUCGACAGCCUGGCCACAGAGCUGUGUCGCAUCAACGAAGACCAGAAGGUAGCCCUCGACCUGGACCCUUACGUCAAGAAGCUGCUCAACGCCCGGCGCAGAGUUGUCCUCGUUAAUAACAUCCUGCAAAAUGCUCAGGAGCGCUUGAGAAGGCUCAGCCAUGGUAUAGCGAAGGAGACUGCCCGCAGAAAAGCCAUGCUUGAAGCCGGCGGUAGCUACCCCCAAGGCUCGCCCAGCAAAUGAGAGGACCUUUCCUAAGGGAAAAGUGGUGUGAUUUCCAGAGCUGCUGUUUCCUUACGGAUGCUGCCAGCUUCUAAGCACAACACGAAGAAAGAUAAAGAGUUGGGCUGUUGGGCACUGCAUGGUGCUAGGAAAAGCUCCUGCGCUGCGGACAGGAAUUCCUGCAUAUGGAAGACUCAUCUCAUAAAGAAAGAAAGGUUUUGGGCACAAAUUUCCUAUCAUGCUUCCCCCUGCCGAGGUACUCUUUCAGGUGGAGUUGGUGCAAUUGGGCCUGCUUAUGGCUGCGGAGUGACACAGAACGUGGCCGAGAAUGGUGCCUCUUGCUUGUGCAAUAAAAGUUCACUGCUAGUUAACACGGGA